AUGCUGUCCCAGCAGAUCGUCGAUGACGUCCUGAUCUCGGCUCUGUACCGCUUAAUACCGAUCGACGAUUACCUAGGCUAUGUCGACUACAGCCGAGUGCAUCUUCACGGCUUUGAGACGGUCAUCCGCAUCCGUGGCGGCUAUGAUCGAGUUGGCCAGUCGGUCCCUGCCAUCAGCAAAGACAUGCAGAUGUCAGUUCUUGUGGCGAGGAGUCUGUUGUUGAUUCACCUGCAGACGUCUCUCAUCGAAGGAUUGCCGCCUGAUAUUAUCAGGUGUCCAGAGACGACGUGGCUGAGAGGGAUCGAACUCAUCCUCCCGCCAGGCUUUGUGGGCCUGAUCUCGGCAGGCCAUCUCUCUCACAGCUCGAUUGAGAUCCUACUCAGCUUCUCGGAAUGGCUCGGAAAAUACCGUGGUCUGGACCCCGGCUCUAUCCCCGUCUGGCGCUACUCCUCCUCCGGGGAGUUGACCGCGGUGGAAAAGUGCAUCUUCGUCGGCUUAUUGUGUCUCGCUGACGAUGUUGGUUACAUGGGCAUGCACCCCGCUGCCAUCAUUUUCAGGCAGCCCAAGAAACGAGCCGAGAUGCUGCUCGCGGUCAAGGAGCUGUGGAACGAUCCAUCCUUAGCAGACUGUUUAUUGUGGCUAUGGACGGUGAUAACGAUCCCACAGAAUCCUGGAAUUACCCCAGUCCUGGCCCAGCGGGAACUAUUCUCUAAGAUCCUUACACUACGAGACGGCUUGAGUGAUUGGAAUGUUAUCCGAGCUGUGCUUCGGCGCUUCUUCUACGAAGACAGCCGCGCUCCAGCGUGGGAGAACGCAUGGACAGUGAUGCAUGACGAAGCUCAAAAAACGCCUGCUUCCUCAAGCAAAUAUAUUGAUGACCGAGACAGGACAACCCGCAAUAUAACAGCCCCGUAG